AUGCACCCAACUGACUUGAGUUGGUCCAAGUUGAGUGGAAUGCCUGAGGUGGCGGCUGCAGCAAAAGGCGAUGUGUCCUGCAAGGCAUCGAAACAGUUGCUGACUAAAGUAACCAAGAAGCUGCCUAAGAAGUGGAGAAAAUCUCGUAAGCAGAGCUAUCCCACUUACGUGUACAGGGUGCUGACCCAGGUCCACCAUUCCACCAAGACCUCGUCCAAGGCCAUGAUUUUUAUGAAUUCCUUUGUUGUUGACAUUUUCGAGCACAUCGCCUCCGAGGCUUCUCACCUCAUUCAGUACAACAAAUGCCACAUCAUCUCAGCCAGGGAGACCCAGAGCGUCAUCCGCUUCAUGCUGCCAGGGGAACUGGCUAAACACGCUGUCUCCAAAGGCACCAAAGCAGUCACCAAAUACACUGACUCUGUUUAA